AAGAGAAAACAAGUGAAAGGGCGUGCCAAUGAUUCAGUAGAAAGAGAAGAUAAGCUACAUCUAAUUCAGUUCGUUGUAGUUGUUACUGAAAACUUAUUACUAAAAGGAAAUGGAUUGGACUGGAACAAUUUUAAUUGUAUUACUAUUUAUUCUUGCAAUUAUGUUCCUUUUGCAAAAGGGAAGUUUCUGGAAUAACAGCUGCCCCAAUCUCCCCCCAGGACCCAGGACUAUACCCAUUUUGGGAAACCUGCACAUGAUGGAUCUAAAGAGGCCUUACAGAACAAUGAUCAAGUUGUCCAAAAAAUAUGGUCCUGUUUUCCGCCUCAGACUGGGAUUCCAGGAAAUGGUGGUGCUGACUGGUUAUGAGACAGUGAAAGAGGCUCUAGUGAACCAGGCUGAUGCAUUUGCAGAGAGAGCCUCCGUCCCCUUUUUUGAGGAUUUUGCAAAGGGCUUUGGUCUUAUUUUUUCUCAUGGUGAGAACUGGAAAACAAUGCGACGAUUUACAUUGUCCACAUUACGGGAUUAUGGAAUGGGCAAGAAGACUAUUGAAGACAAAAUCAUUGAAGAGUGUAACGUCUUGACAAAAACAAUUCAGACUUAUGCAGGAAAGCCCUUUGAGAUCCAAACAGUUGUGACUCCUGCUGUUUCCAACAUCAUAGUUUCUAUUCUACUUGGGAAGCGCUAUGACUAUGAAAAUGCCACAUUUCUACGACUUCUGAAGAUAAUCAGUGAAAAUCUACGUCUUUCAGGGACCCCCAAUAUAUCGCUAUAUAACAUGUUUCCUAAGCUGAGCUUCCUUUUGAGUACACGUAAAAAAAUAAUUAAUAACAGAAAGGAGUUCCACGAUUUCAUACAGACUACCUUCAUAGAAUAUCUCAAAAAUCUUGAUGAAAAUGACCAAAGGAGUUUUAUUGAUUCAUUUCUUAUUCGGCAAAGAGAGGAAAAUAAGAAAAUGACUAAUGGAUAUUUCCAUAAUGAAAAUCUUAAAGCUCUUUCGGGUAACUUAUUUGCUGCUGGUACAGAAACAACUGGAAGCACUCUGUGCUGGGCCAUACUCCUGAUGAUGAAAUACCCAGAAAUCCAGAGGAAGGUCCAAGAAGAAAUUGCAAAGGAGAUUGGGGUUCGUCAGCCAAGGACAGAAGACCGAUUCAAAAUGCCUUACACCAACGCUGUAAUUCAUGAGGUCCAAAGGUUUGCUGAUAUUGUUCCAACUAACUUGCCACAUGCAACCACCAUGGACAUAACUUUCAAAGGCUUCUUCAUUCCCAAGGGCAUGCAAAUUGUUCCUUUGCUAUCAUCAGUGCUCCAUGAUGAAUCUCAGUGGGAGAAACCCUAUAAAUUUUAUCCUGAGCAUUUUCUUGACUCUGAAGGAAAAUUUAUGAAGAGGGAUGCAUUCAUGCCAUUUUCUGCAGGUAAGAGAAUAUGUGCAGGUGAGACCCUUGCCAAAAUGGAGCUCUUCCUCUUCUUUACCAGCCUCCUUCAGAAAUUUACCUUUCAACCAACCCCGGGAACAUCUAAAAAUGAUCUGGAUCUAACGCCUGCAAUUGGAUUUACAACCCCUCCUGUACCGUAUAAGACCUGUGCCAUUCCAUGUUCAUAAGACAAAAGACCUUCAUAACAGCCUUUCUCAGUACGGGGAAUGUGAUUCUGUAUAAUCUUGUCUUAGGAGUCUGUCUGAAACUAUACUAUAAUUAUUUGCAUACACACAAAAUCUAGAUUCUGAGAGUGAAAAGGGUAGAGAAAUCAUGCUAAGUUCUUGGUACUCUUAUUGGUUAUUUUUGUUUGUUUCCUUUUAUCCUUUUUUCUCCUAUUCAAUUUUGUUAGUUUUGCUUUUUAUUAAAUUCAUUUUAAUCAAUACAGAUUUUUCACAAUAAUUAUGUGUGUAUGUAUGUGUGUGUGUAUACAUACAUACACAAUACACACACACACACAAACACA